GGUCAGCUGACAAGGGCAGACAUGUGACUACUGGACCCAGUUGCUGUAUUUACAUGACAGUCGUUUUAAUCGCUGUUAUUGAGGCGUUUAACUGAUUGUUUUAUCAUUGCGGGUUUAAUAAGUGGUGUGUUUUAACGUGUGGACAUGUUGGAGGCUGCUCAGCGGCUGGAGAGGAGCUCCAUAGAGGUGUCUGUGAUCCCAGAGAACCAGCACUGUGGAGAGGUAACGGACAUCCAGAAGGCUCAGCUGGCUCCUGGAGGCUCUCUGCUCGGAUGUCUGGAGGUCCUGGGACGGCUGGUGGUCUGGGAUCCGGCGGACAGAGAGGCUCCUCCGGCUGCAGUGGACGGUUCCUACGCAGAUUUUUCCUGGGAGGAGGUGGCCGUCCACGGUCGUGGCGUCGGCAGCUUCAGACUGCUGGCUGUUGGAUCUCAGUGGGACCUGAAGCUGCUGGAGGUGGAAGCAGAGCGAUCGGCCUCAAUUUCUGUGCUCUGUGUCUCUGAAUGUCCUGCGGGCCGCCUGCUGCAGACUGUCAGCGAGCAGGACGAUGGUGUGCGUGAGCUGCAGUCGGUGCGCGUGUUGUCGUUUGCUGCUGGCCGCGGCUGCUUGCUGCUGAACUGUGAUUGGCUGCUGCAGCUGCAGUGGCAGCAGACGGAGGAGGAGCCGCAGACGUUGUCCUGCUGCAGCGUCCGGCUGACUGACGGCAACAGACAAACUGCUGUCCACCACUGUGUCUGCAGAGACACCCUGUUCAUCCUCAGCUCCUCUGGACAGAUAUCCGUGUAUAACAUCACUGAUGGCAGUCUGCUGGCCAGCGUUGACCUCCCGGCCUACCUGACUCCUGUCCAGGCAGAGGACGACCUCGUCUCCUCUUCCUCCCCCGUCUCCUCCUCCUUUUCCUCCUUCUGCCUCCUCCAGGUGUCCGCCGACCUCAGUACAGCCGUAGCCGUCACUCAGUGUCACACCGCCGUCGCCGUCGACCUCAACCACUACUUCAGUUUGCAUCCCGACCACCUGCUGUGUGCCGCUCCCCCCUCUCGCCCCCCCGACCGGCCCCAGCACCCAAGAGACCAGGACAGCAUGACGAGCUCCAACUGCAGCCUCGCCGCCCUCGGAUCGACCUUCAGCACUGACCGCUCCUGGGAAGCUCGUCUGGCCUCCAUGUACAGCAGAGCCCAGAAGGCUGCACCUCCCUCCUCCUCCUCCUCCUCCUCCUCCUCCUCCUCCUCCUCAUCCCAGCCUGCUGGGACCUCCUGGUCUUCCUCCCUCCACCAUCUGGAGUCCCGCCAGGUCUCGUCCUCAGCCCACAGCAGAGUGCCUCGCGGCGGGGCGACCGUUGCUUUCUCUGUCCCCGAGUCGUCCACUCCGUCUCUGCUCUCUGUGUCCGAGUUCUCCGCCCAGCUGACCUUCGUCUCCCCUGGCAACAGACAGACCACAGUGGCCUUAUGGGAUUUAGAGUCUGGGAGCGUGAGCCACCACCAGGUGGAGGGCGAGGCGGCUCCGGUCCAGCGCUGUGGAGAGAGACAGCACAGACUGCUGCUGAAGAAGGCUGGUGUGUCCCAGGUCUUGUUCUCAGUGUCCCAGCAGGACUUGCUCAGCAGGUUGAUGUUGUUUGGCAGUGCAGCGACAGUAGACGCAGUUUGUCACCUGAACAGCUGGGGGCGCUGCUCCAUCCCCAUCCACGCCCUGCAGGCUGGACUGAAGAACCGUCAGCUGGACACGGUGGAUUUCUACCUGAAGAGUAAAGAAAACAUCCUGAGCCCUGCUGCCGAUCAGCCAGCGGCCUCCACACAGAGCCUGACACACAGUUUCCAGGAGUUGUGUCAUGCGUUGGACCUGCUGUGUUCGGCUGUCAGAGAUUCAAACAGUGAAGCUCAGAGCAGACAGUUCUCUGAACAGCUGCUCAGCAUCACACUGAGCUUCGUCAACACACAGAUCCGCUCAGUCCUGUCCAACGCAUGCUACAAGGAUGCUGGCGUGCGGAGCUGCGUGGACGUUCUGGACCGGUACGUCACCGAACUGAGGAGCUACAUGAAGAGAUUCCCCUGGUCUGCAGGGGGCGACACGUCCAGCACCCAUUCUGCUGAUUCUGCUCAGGAGGAGGCUCAGAGAGACGAGUGGGAGCAACUGCACACAGAGGAAGUCGUCCGCCAGUCCAUCCUGACCAAUCAGAUCCCCAGAGCUCAGGCCGUCCUGAGGAGGCGGAGCCGGCCGGAGCAGCGUCUGUCGGCUCUGAGGAUGGAGGGUCUGCGUCAGGUGUUCUCCUGCCUGCAGGACCGAGACCUGCAGACCGCCAACGCACUUCUCAUCAACAUGGGUUUCAGUGUGAAGAAGCAGCUCCACAGUAUCUGCCUCUACACCGACGACAAGGACCUCAGAGAGUUUGUGGUGGAGGAGCUGUCAGGGCGGAGUUAUUUUCCAGAGGAGGAGAUGCAGAGUGUGGCGUUCAUUAGAGAGAUGGAGAGGUUGGGAUCACUGCCUGCAUCCCGCUGCCCUGCAAACACCACAUCACAAAGGGUGGUUCAGAUGGUCCGCAGGGAGGCGGGUGCUGGUGAGGAGGUUCUGGAGGAGCUGGCGAGUCACAGGAGGUCUGAGGAGGACGGGGGACUCUGGAGGAACCUCCGACUGGACUGGGUGAGGAACUGGGACCAGAGCUGCCAGAUCGCCGUCCUCCUGUCCAGACUGCAACACACAGAGUUGACUUCCUGUGGCUCUGCGGUGUUGUGGCGUUACCUGACCGCUCUCCACGACCAGCGCCGGGUGGUCGACUGGAUCCAGAACGAGGAGACCUCCAGUGGCUCCCGGUGGCCUGAGUUAACCCCAGAGCUGGUCAACAACAACACAGUCUGCAGCACCUACAUGAGGGAGAACAUCCUGGACCUGCUGGCCAGGAGAGGUCUAUUCAUCCCGGAGGAGCUGGCAGACUUGGAGCAGUUGCUGUGGAGGCUGGCUCAGGGUGGAGGGGUGAUGGCUUCAUCCCCACCCGUCCCUCAGUACCGCUCCCCCCGCGGCCUCGACCUCCACGGCCUCUUCAUCACCUUCUGUUUGGACCACAGCUUGCAGUACCUGCUGUACACCUACCUGGAGCACUACAGGUUGACACCCAGAAACUGUCCCCUCUUGACCAAUCAGAGCCUUUCUGAGAGCCAGCCCUGGUUUGAGAUGCUGGUGAAGAUCCAGGAGAUCACCAGAGACCUGUCAGAUCCAGGACUGGUCUUCCAGGCCAGUUUAACCAGUGCUCAGGUGCUGUUACCGGGCAGCCAGGCGUCUCUCAGCAGUCUGCUGUUGGAGGGACACAGUCUGCUGGCCCUGGCUGCCAUCAUGUUUGCUCCCGGAGGAAUCGACCAGGUGGUGGUUCAGGGUGAAAAGUCGGGCAGGUCAGAGAGGACGGUCGACCCCCAGGUCCUGAAGAUGGCGCUGGCCGCCCACCCCAAACUGAGGGCCGCCCUGUUUCCCGCCGGGCCCCGGGGACACAGCCCGUCCUCCGACAUCUCCGUCUACCACCUCCUGCAGUCGCUGCAGCCUCUGGACCCGUCCAGGCUGUUCGGCUGGCAGGCAGCAAACACCCUCAACUCCACCGAAACGUCCGAGCUGCCUCAUUUCUCCAGCCCUCACCUGGUCAACAGGUUCGCUCUGGUGGAGAACCUGGACUUCCUGUACUACCUGCGUCAUGGCCGACCAUCCUUUGCGUACGCCACCUUCCUCGUCCAGCAGCUGAGCGGCUGCAGUGACAUCACGCUGCUUGUGCAGCAGGCGUGGCAGCAGGCGUACCGGUUGGCCCUGCAGUGUUUUAACGUGCCGUCUGUGGCGGCGGCGACCGUCUGUUUCUCUGAGCUGCUGGGAGUCUGCAGCCUCAAGCUGAGGGUCGACAUCAGAGCCAUGAACGCCAUCCUACAGCACUGGAACCAGCACGACACACACACCGCUCCAACACAACAUCUACACACUCUGGUGUCUAAAGGUGUAAAGCUGGUGGAGGCAGAACCUGGAGCAGCGGAGGAGCUGAUUGGCUACCUGGAAGCUGCAGUGACAGACAGCCUGGAACAGAAGGGCAUCAGCAGGUCGUCCUACGAGGCGGCUCAGGAGUGGGCGUUGCCGGUUCAGUUCUGUCAGCUCCACAGUCUGAAGCUCAGCUCUGUUUACCCCGCCCACUGCACUGAUGACGGACAGUUCAUCCAUUUCCUGUUGUUUGUCCAGCUGCACAACUUCCCGCCCCAGCAGGUGAGGUCAUUAGCAGCUCAGUUUGGUCCCGCCCUGCAGGCCCACCUGAGUCUGGCGUUUCAGGACCUGCAGGUGUACAGUCAGAGGAGGUGGCUCUGUGGCUCCGAGGAGCAGUCAGGGUCCCUGAACACAGAGGAGGCCCCUGGGAGCCCGGAGCACCCCAGGGAGCUGUUCCAGGUCCUCUUGCAGAGUCAGGAUGAGGCGGCGCCCUGCGGGUACCUACUGCAGGAGGCGCUGGUGCAGCGCUGCCCAACGCUGGCUGUGAUGGCUGCCUGUCAACAGGGGGCGGAGCUGCUGCCGUGCCUCUGCGUGUGGAUGUUGACCUCCGUCGAUGAUGUCGCAGCUGGGGAAGCCACCUCCCACCUGGCCGAAGCCGCCCAGCACCAUGAGUGGACCCUGCAUGACCUGUCAAUCAUCUGGAGGACGCUGCUGGGGCGGGGCCACGUCAGGCCUCUCCUACGAGGCUUCGAGCUCUUCCAGAGGGACUGUCCUCUGGUGUUGGUGUUGAGGAUGUUUGAGUUGUGUUGUGACUUCAGGAACUUCUCUGAGGCCAAAGCGAAGCUGUUGGACUUCCAGAGGACGCUCAUCACUCUGAGAAAUGGAGGCCCAGCGCCCUCCGGUGGACUCCCCCUGCAGUGGGUGGAGAGCCAGGCCUCCGUGCUGCUCUUCACUAUGCUGCAGCGCUGCUCCUCCCAGUACGACCUCCACCGGCUGCUACAGCUGCUGGCCGACGUCGACAAACUCCUCAAAUCCAACGGUCCAGACUUCAGGAAGCUGAGUCAGCUCAGUCAGUUGCUGCAGGGGUCAGAGGUCAGCCUGUCUCCCAGGCUGCUGCAGUCCAGUUCUCCCUCCGUCCAGCAGGAGGAGUUCCAGGCUGCAGUGGAUGCUCUGCAGGCCAGGGGGCGCUACAGCCAGGCCAGGCAGGUCGCCCUGCUUGCCGACCUGCCCGUCCACCGUCUGCUGCUCAGCCAGCUUCUCCAGGAAGUAAACUCCCAGAAGUCCAAGCGGCAGUGGAGAAGGUUGGAGACCCGAGUUGGUCUCUGGAGGAAAUGUCACGAGCAGCUGAAGGCUGACGGCACUGAUCCAGAAUCAGCCUCCCAGUUCUUCCUGUCACAGGCUGAAACUGAGGCCGCAGACUCCUCGUCCGCGGCGGCGCCAGAGGCUCAGACCGAACUGCUGGACGUCCAGGAGUACUGCCUGCUGCUCUGCCUCGCCGCUCACUGGCUCUCCCUGCUCGGCCCGGCACCCGGUGACAAACUGGAGAGCCUGGAGGAAAAGCUGUGGAUCAGCCGGGUGCGACGACAAGUCCUCGGCGCCGCCAUGGAGAAGGAGAGCGUUUUCAACCUGCCGCCGCCCGCCAUCACGCCGGAAAUGAACACAUACGAAGUGCUCAUGAAGGAAUUCUCCUUCUCCAACAUAUCAGGCCUGAACACAGAGAAGUGUCUCAGUCUGGAGGGUCUGCCAGGUCCCUGUGAGGAGCAGGAGGAGCUGAACUUGGACUCGCUGCUGAGUUCAGAGGAGAGGAGCAUUCUGGCUGCACUCAUUGGUCAGUUAUUAGAUGAAGGCAGCAUCCACGAAGCCAGCCGGGUCUGCCGGUAUUUCUCGCUGUACCACCGGGACAUGUGGGUGGUGCUGCGCUGCCGAGGUCUGGCCUCUGGAGAACUGAACCCUGAACCACCAGAGGAGGCGUCAGAAGCUCUGCCAAAGAAGACUAUUGCCAGCUCUCCAUCACUCAGCAGCCUCUUGUCCUUCGUGAUGCUCCCCCUCCCUGAAGACGAGGUCGCUGUCCAGCUCCAGAAACUGGUGGAUCAGUGUCACCAUGGCAAAAACUACUGCAAACAAGUCCUCAGCCUCUACCAGCUCUCCAAGGAGCUGCAGUGUUCCUUCAGUGAGAUCUGCAGGGAGGAGCCCGGCUCGGUGCUGGAGAAGCUGCUGCUGUCGGAGCAGCCGGAGCGCUUCAGGAAGGCUCAGGCUUUCAUCAAAGCUCAGGGUCUCUCUGCAGACGCCGUGGCCGAGCUGGUGUCCUCUGCUGUGGUCCAGGCGCUGCUGGCCUCCACCCAGGAGCUGCAGCCCGCAGAGCGGCAGGUGUAUAGGCCGUCGGAGGGCCGGGACUCGCUGGUCCAGCUCAUCAAACUGUGUGACGAUCCGAACCUGGUGGGAGUCAAACUGCUGGAGAACCUCAACACUGUUCCACUGAGAGACCUGAACUGCAUUGUAGAGUUGCUGAUCGUGGCUCACGACUGCUUCAGUCUCACCUGUAACAUGGAGGGGAUCGUCAGAGUGCUCCAAGCCGCCCGUCACCUCAGCCACACCUACCUCGCCCCAGGAGAGCACUACAGCCUGCUGGUGCGUCUGCUGACGGGUAUCGGCAGGUAUAAUGAGAUGACGUACGUCUUCGACCUGCUGCAUCAGAACCAUCGCUUUGAGAUGCUGCUGAGGAAGAAGAUGGACACGGACAGAGGACAGAGCUCCAGCCUGAAGACGGCUCUGCUGGAUUACAUCAAGCGCUGCCUCCCGGCCGACAGCGAGAAACACAACAUGGUGGCGCUGUGCUUCAGCAUGAGGAGGGAGAUCGGAGAAAACCACGAGAUGGCCGCCAGGACGCAGCUGAAGAUCAUCGAGUCUGAGGCCUGGGUCGUCACUCCUGAUCUGAAGAGUUCACUUCUCAAAGUGUUGGGUCUGUUGAGGGACGCUGCAGAGAGCUUCUCCAAGGACUCGUGCGUGCGUCAGGCGAGCCGCUGUGUUCGGACGGCCAAGCUGGUCACUCUGCAGCUGCACUUCCUGAACCAGGGAUCAGACCUGCGCGUCAUCAACCUGCGGCCUGCCGAGCUGCUGAACGCCGUCACGUCGCUGCCACGCUGCUAUCAGGUGUUUGUGGUGUCGGAGGCGUACAGCUACAGUCCAGACUGGGCAGAGAUUUUGUACCAGAAGGUGAUCUUGAACGGAGACUUUGUUUACCUGGAGGAGCUCAAACGCCACCGCCCGCUGACCUCCUGCCUGUUUGAGGACAUUUUCAAGAAGCUGGACGGCGCUCCCAGCAGCGUCACUUCCAACGUGAAGCGCCUGUUGACGCACUGUGAUGAUGUGUACAGCCGCUAUAGGCUGGCUUACCAGCAGAAUCUGUAUGAUGUCACCAAGACGCUGCUGCAGGACGCCAAGACCUCCAGCUACCUGAACGACAGGCUGGCCAGCUGAUCAGCUGACGUCAUUCAGCCUCUUCAACAGAACCAAGAACUGAAAUACCGUCGAUGAACAACACUUAUUUAUAAAAAAAUACAAAAAGAAAAAUGUGUCUUUUCUAAAUCUUCUGUGGAGAUGAAUUAAAAUCAGGUAAUUCUCACAAAAUCACUGAAUAGAAUAUGUUUCUAUUAAUAAAUGACAAAGACAAAUAAUAAUUUA